AUGCCCGGUAUUGACCCCAAGGUGGCCUGCCACAAGCUGCACGUCGAUCCAACUGCCAAACCGGUAAUUCAAAAAAGAAGACAUUUCGCUCCCGAACGAGUAGCGAUCAUCGAGGCAGAAAUCGACAAACUAUUGGAGGCCGGUUUCAUAGAAGAGGUAGCACACUCGGCAUGGCUUGCUAAUGUCGUACUAGUCAUGAAGAAAGCGAAGGGCAAAUGGAGGGUUUGCGUAGACUACACCGACCUCAACAAAGCAUGCCCAAAAGACCAUUAUCCUGUCCCUCGGAUUGAUCUAUUAGUAGAUUCAACUUCUGGAAACCAGUUGCUUAGUUUCUUAGACGCGUACUCCGGCUACAACCAGAUAGCCAUGCAUGAGCCCGACAAGGAGAAAACUGCGUUCGUGAUAGAGCGAGACAAUGCACAUGCAGAUGCACUAGCUGGUUUAGGCUCCGCCCUUGACCACCAAUUCAAACGCUCAAUUCCGGUGGAAUAUCUAGACAAGCCAAGCAUAGAGAUGGAGUCGAUAGCUGAAGUGUCACAGAACAGUAAAGAGAUGGCCACAGAUUUAGAUCUGGCAGAAGAGAGACGCAAACAAACCAUCACCCGCAUCGCAGCCUACCAACAGCAGCUCAUUUCCAGCUACAACAAAAGGGCCAAGAUCCGGCAGUUCCAACCCGGAGACCUAGUCCUAAGAAAAGCUUUCAUCACUGCCCGCAGAGAAGGCUCGAAAAAAAUAGACCCCAUCUGGGAAGGUCCUUACAAGAUCAGCAGAGUUGGCGGCAAAGGCAGUUAUACUCUUGCUACCAUGAAUGAUAAAGAGAUGGAGAAGCAAUGGAACGCCUACAAUUUGAGGAAAUACCAUGUGUGA